AUGGGUAUUACUGAAGGCAGAGUAGAGGUCUUGUAUGAAGAAUCCUGGAGAACUCUCUGUGAUCGCGGCUGGGAUUUGAGAGACGCCAGUGUAGUUUGUAAAAUGUUGGGAUUUGACGGAGCCCUGGACGCACCGGGAUCCGCAAAGUUUGGUCAAGGAUCUGGUCCUAUUCUACGUAAGGAUAUCCACUGUGGCGGUACAGAGCACAACCUUGCCGACUGUCCGAUUGCAGUUAUUGAACAUAGCGACUGUAAUCAUCAAAGCGAUUCAGGAGCUAUUUGCUACUCGGGAGAUCCAUUUGAGGUUCGUCUUGUUGGUGGAUCUAACGACGCUGAAGGCACAGUAGAUGUCAUGUAUGAAGGGUCGUGGGGAACUAUCUGUGAUCACUCCUGGGAUCUCAGAGACGCCAGGGUGGUUUGUAGAAUGUUGGGAUUUGACGGAGCCUUGGACGCACCGGGAUCUGCUAAGUUCGGCCAGGGCUGGGAAGAAGUAUUCCUCGACAAUGUCGGUUGCAUGGGUACAGAAGACAAUCUCGCGAACUGUCUGCACAGAGGAAUUGGAGUUACUGAAUGUGGAUAUGAAGAGGUCGCGAGCGUCGUUUGCUUCUCUGGGAGUCCAUUUAAAAUUCGACUUGUCAAUGGAUCUAAUGACGCUGAAGGCAGAGUAGAGAUCUUGUACAACAGAACCUGGGGAACCAUCUGUGAUACUUGGUGGGAUCUCAGAGAUGCAAGGGUUGCUUGUAGAAUGAUGGGCUUUUUCGAUGCCUCAGCUUCUCCGAUUUUCCCAAGGUUUGGCCAGGGAGAUGGCCAUGGCCUGCUAACUCGUGUAGGAUGCGUCGGAACAGAAGAUAACCUCGAAGAUUGUUUUCACAGAGGAAUAGGAUCUUACCUCUGCAGUGGGGACGCAGGGGCAUCUUGUUCCAAGGGAGUUCGACUUCUCAAUGGAUUAAACGAAUCGCAGGGGAGAGUUGAGGUACUCCAUGAAGGCUUUUGGGGGAGUGUUUGCGACGACUCUUGGGACCUUGAUGACGCUACCGUUGUUUGCAGACAGUUAGGAUUUGAUGGGGCUUUAGCGGCUCUACCCAAUGCAGAAUUUGGAGAAGGGUCUGGUGAGAUCUUUCUGGAUGAGGUUCAGUGUAAUGGAACAGAAACAAACAUCCAGAACUGUAAACAUAAUGGAAUAAGAGUCCAUAACUGCAUGCACAAGGAAGAUGCCAGCGUCAUAUGCAGACAAGCAGGUGAUCAAGAUUACAUUGAAUGA